CCGCAGCCACAGUAACCAAAGCAGCGUGAGCGCUAGGCUGGAAGCGCGGUGCGGCGGAGAGCAGAGGGCGGCGGUGCCCGCCCUAGUCGAGCUGAGCCGAGCCUAGCGCGCAGCCGGACCGCCACUGCUGCUGCCUGGCAGAUGCCAUCACAGCAACAAAGAGCUCGCUGAGCUGAGAGCCACGGCGAGAGCUCGCCUGGAAGGCAGGGCACUGGUUCCAGGAGCUGGGCUGCAGCCUCAGGAAGCUCGUGAGGGGUCUGGGGGAGGAGUGGGGACAGAAGAUGGCCAAGAAGAGAAAGCCCCCCAGCAUCAAGGGUGAUUCAGCAACAUUUGAUCCAGAUUUCAAGGGACCUAUUGCUGACAGGGGUUGUACAGAUGUUCUGUGCUGCAUAAUCUUCAUACUGUUCAUCAUUGGCUACAUUCUUUUAGGACUGAUAGCCUGGGUACAUGGCGACCCCAGAAGAGUGGUGUAUCCUACAGACAGCAAGGGCCACUUUUGUGGCCAGAAGGGCACCCCCAAUGAGAACAAGAGCAUUUUAUUUUAUUUUAACAUUUUAAGCUGCACCAGUCCCUCCGUUUUGAUAAACCUACAGUGCCCUACUACACAGAUCUGUGUCUCCAAGUGCCCAGAAAAAUUUUUAACUUAUCUGGAAAUGCAAUUUCCAUACAAAAUUAACAACAGCUCUUGGGCAUAUUAUAGCCAGUUCUGCAAGUCCCCUAUUACUCGGCCUGCAAAGUCUCUCUCAGAAAUAGUAAUGAAUGAUGAUUGUCCAACAGCAAUUUUCCCAAGCAAACCUUUUCUCCACAGAUGUUUCCCUGACUUCUCAACUAAAAAUGGCACUUUAACAGUAGGAAAUAAGACAACAUUCGAAGAUGGGACGGGACAGAUAAGAAGCACUAUGGAACUCAGGGCAGCUGCCAGUAAUAUAAAUAAAAUCCUUGAUGCAAAGGCAAUUGGAAUGAGAGUGUUUGAAGACUACGCAACAACUUGGUAUUGGAUUCUCAUUGGCCUGACAAUUGCCAUGCUCCUCAGUUGGAUGUUCCUGCUGCUUCUGAGGUUCAUAGCUGGAUUACUCUUCUGGGUCUUUGUUUUGGGUGUGAUUGGAAUUAUAGGUUAUGGAAUAUGGCACUGUCACCAGGAGUACAGCAACCCCCAGCACCCAAAUUCUCACCUAACCAUUUAUGACAUCGGGUUUCGGACUGACAUAAGGAUGUAUUUACAACUGAAACAAACAUGGUUCGCAUUUAUGGUAAUACUCUGCAUCCUGGAAGUGCUUGUCAUCCUCGUGCUGAUUUUCCUUAGGACCCGGAUCCGCGUCUCCAUAGCCCUGCUGAAGGAAGGGAGCAAAGCCAUUGGAUAUGUUCCCAGUACAUUAAUUUAUCCGGUUUUAACUUUCUUUUUCCUCUCGAUCUGUAUUUGCUACUGGGCCGUGACAGCAGUUUAUUUGGCUACAUCAGGGGUACCCAUAUACCAAAUCGUAACUCCAGGUGGACAGUGUAAACAUGACAACAGAACCUGUAACCCAGCGAUUUUUAACAAAACUGGAAUUUCCAAAGCUUGCCCUGGUGCUCAAUGUAACUUUGCCUUCUAUGGUGGAAACAGCCUGUACCAUCAACAUAUCACUACCUUCCAGAUGUUCAAUCUAUUUGUUUUUCUCUGGCUUAUAAACUUUGUCAUUGCAUUGGGCCAGUGUGCCCUUGCUGGUGCCUUUGCUUCUUAUUACUGGGCCUUGAAAAAACCUGAUGACAUCCCACCACAUCCACUUUUCACUGCAUUUGGACGAGCCAUACGAUAUCACACAGGAUCCCUAGCAUUUGGAUCUUUAAUUCUGGCAUUAAUUCAAAUGUUUAGAAUAACCCUAGAAUAUUUGGAGAAAUGUCUUAAAGAUAACCAGAACAACAUUUCUAAAUUUCUGCAACAGUGCCUGAAAUGCUGUUUGUGGUGUUUGGAAAAAUUGGUCAGGUUUUUGAACAGAAAUGCCUAUGUUAUGAUUGCAAUAUAUGGCAAAAACUUCUGCAGGUCAGCAAGAGAUGCUUUCGAUCUGCUGCUAAGAAAUAUUUUAAAAGUUGUCGUUAUGGAUAAAGUUACAGAUUUUGUACUAGUCCUGGGGAAACUUCUCGUUGCUGGUUGUAUAGGUGUCCUGGCCUUUUUACUCUUCACACAGAGAAUUUCAAUCAUUAUACAAGGACCAACAUCUUUAAAUUACUACUGGAUACCUUUGCUGACCGUCGUUAUUGGGUCUUACCUAGUUGCACAUGGGUUCUUCAGCGUCUAUGCAAUGUGUAUCGAUACAAUUUUCAUCUGCUUCUUGGAAGAUUUAGAAAGAAACGAUGGUUCUACUGAAAGACCCUAUUACACGAAUCAGUCUCUGCUGAAGACUUUGAAGGCGAAAGGCACACGAACUAAGAAGCAGUAGAAGUGCAAACUCUGAUCACCCUGCAGCUGUGUGUUUGUUACCUUUUCCUCAUCUGCUAUGUUUGUGCCACACUCGUUUCAUAAGUGCUUUGAGUUUGGAACACUAGUCACAACCUUGUUGGCUUUAUUUGCAUGUUUUAUACCAAAGCUUAUACUGUAAUACGUGAAGCCAUCAGAAGUCACAAGGGAAUUGUUAAUAACAUGGAACAUUUUUAUAAUAGGGUCUUUUGUUUUGUGAUUCAUUUUUAAAUAGAGUGGCUUGGAUGUUUCAAAAAUACUAGUGAAUGUGUCAAUAUUCUUUUAAAUAUUAGAUAGAAAAAUGAUACAUUAUUUAAAUUGAUAGAUCCUAACAUAUUUUAAAAAUUAAAACUAAAAAAAAACUUCUGCAGGGAAAAUUGGUACACAAAGCAAAGCAGAAAAUUUUGAAGUUUUUCCCACUCCUGCUUGACGGUAAAUUGGUAAAAGACCGCCCGGCUCCAGAUUUUGCUCUAAGUAUAGAAUGUUUCCUAUUAAACAAAUUGCCAAUCAUCCAGCCUUUACUACUUCAUCCUCUCUGACAAAGUGCCUUACUGGCUGUUUAAUAUUACCCAGCUUUUGUAGGCAAGUUUACAAACAUUGUUUAAAAAAAAAAUACCUGCAAUGUUAGUGAUUAAAACAAGUCUUCUUGCAUUUGUUUUCCUCUUAGCUCACUGGUUGGAAAUCAUUUGUCAUUUCAGUGUGUUUGAUAUCCUCACUACAUAGAGUACAGUUUGCAGCAUAAACAAAUUCCUUUGCACCUAGUGGACAUUCUUGAAUGUGUGUUACACGCUGAAAGAACACUGGUUGGGUUU